AUGAUUGUGCUAUUCCUUCUUCUGUGUAUUACGGAUGGAGUGGUCUCGCAGAUACGCUACUCUGUGCCGGAGGAGGCAGAUCACGGCACAUUCGUGGGGAAUAUCGCGGAGGACCUGGGACUGGACAUGACCAAAAUCGCCUCGCGCCGCUUCCAGGUGGUGCCCAGCUCGCGGACGCCGUACCUGGAAGUGAACAUGGAGAACGGGAUUCUGUUCGUCAACGAAAGAAUUGACCGGGAGCAGAUCUGUAAGCGGAGUGCCAGCUGCCUAUUACACCUUGAAGUGUUUCUGGAGAACCCACUCGAGCUGUUCCGCGUCGAGAUAGAGGUCGUGGAUAUCAAUGACAAUCCGCCCAGCUUCCCGGAGACCGACAUCACCGUGGAGAUUUCAGAGAGCGCUACCCCCGGUACCCGGUUCCCUCUGGAGAGUGCAUUCGAUCCGGACGUGGGCUCCAACGCCCUGCGCACAUACGACAUCACCACCAAUAACUACUUCUACCUGGAUGUGCAGACGCAGACCGACGGGAACAAAUUCGCGGAGCUGGUGUUGGAGAAGCCGCUGGACAGGGAGCAGCAGGCGGCCCACAGGUACGUGCUGACUGCGGUGGACGGGGGGCAGCCUCCCAGGACAGGCACUGCUCUGCUGGUGGUCAAAGUGCUGGAUUCUAACGACAACGUGCCCGUGUUUGACCAGCCGGUGUAUUCGGUGAGCCUUCAGGAGAACGCACCGGUGGGGACCCUCGUUAUCCAGCUGAACGCCACCGACUUGGACGAGGGGCAGAACGGGGAGAUAGUGUAUUCAUUCAGCAACCACAUCUCCAGCCGUGUCAAGGAUCUGUUCGCCAUAGAUGCACGUACUGGACGAAUCGAGGUGCGCGGCGAGGUGGAUUUUGAGGAGAGCAGCAUAUAUCAAAUAUUCGUUCAGGCGAAAGAUCUCGGACCCAAUGCCGUGGCUGCACACUGUAAAGUUCUGGUGAAAGUGACAGACGUAAAUGAUAAUGCUCCUGAUAUCACCUUUAGCACCGUGACCGAGUCGGUGAGCGAGAGGGCAGCCCCGGGUACCGUUAUAGCCCUGCUGAGCGUGACGGACAAGGAUGCUGAGGAAAACGGAAAGAUUCAUGUUGAAAUCCUCGGUGAUGUCCCGUUCAAACUCAAACCCUCCUUUAGGAACUAUUUCACCAUUGUAACAGACGGACCUCUAAAUAGGGAGAAUGCUGACACUUAUUCAGUGACUGUAGUUGCCAAGGAUACAGGGACCCCUUCCCUCGCCACCAGUAAAUCAAUAAAAGUGCAAGUGUCGGAUGAAAAUGACAAUGCGCCAACGUUUACGCAGCCCAUAUAUGAUGUUUAUGUGACUGAAAACAAUGUGCCAGGUGCUUAUAUCCACGCUGUGACCGCUUUGGACCCAGACGUUGGACAGAACGCUCUCAUUAGUUACUCCAUAAUGGAUUGUGAUAUUCAGGGUAUGUCUGUGAAAACAUAUGUGUCAAUCAACGAGGAAACGGGCUACCUUUACGCACUCAGAUCAUUCGAUUACGAGCAACUUAAAGACUUCACUUUCAUGGUUCAGGCGAAAGAUGCAGGUAGCCCCGAGCUCUCCUCGAACGCCACGAUCAAAGUGAUCAUCGUUGACCAGAAUGACAACCCUCCCUCCGUUAUUGCUCCUCUGGGUAAAAAUGGCACCGCGAGAGAGCCUCUGCCCCGCUCCGCCGAGCCUGGCUACCUGGUGACCCGUAUCGUCUCCAUGGACGCAGAUGAUGGCGAGAACGCACGGCUCUCCUACAGCAUCCAGAGAGGGAACGAGAACGGCAUGUUCCGUAUGGACUGGAGGACAGGAGAGCUGCGCACUGCCAGGCGCGUCUCAACCAAGCGGGACCCGAACCAGAUGUAUGACCUGUUGAUAGAGGUGAGGGACCACGGCCAGCCACCCCUCUCCUCCACGGCCAGUGUGUUCGUGGUGCUGGUGGACAGUGUGGUGGAGGACCACCGGGAGAGGGGCACCGCCAAGUCCAAGGAGAUCACUCUGGACCUCACCCUCAUCCUCAUCAUCGCCCUGGGCUCCGUCUCCUUCAUCUUUCUCCUGGCUAUGAUCGUGCUGGCCGUGCGCUGCCAGAAGGACAAAAAGCUAAAUAUCUACACGUGCCUCACCAGUGAUUGCUGCCUCGGGUGGGCCACAUGCUGCAGCAGGCAUGCGCGAGCCCGCAAGAAAAAGCUCAGCAAGUCUGAUAUCAUGCUGGUGCAGAGCGCCAACGUCACCGGGGCCGGUACAGCCCAAGUGCCCGUGGAAGAGUCAGGGAGCUUCGGCUCUCACCACCAAAACCAGAACUAUUGCUACCAGGUAUGUCUGACUCCGGAGUCGGCCAAAACCGACCUCAUGUUCCUAAAGCCCUGUAGCCCAUCUAGGAGCACAGACACGGAACACAACCCGUGCGGGGCCAUAGUGACAGGGUACACUGACCAGCAACCUGACAUCAUAUCAAAUGGCAGCAUUUUAUCAAGCGAGGUAAGAGUCCUCUCAUACCUUUAAACCCCAAAUACCCCCAGCAUGUAAUUGCUAUCAGUAUAUUGCAUAUAGAUUGUGAUAACUGCAACAUAUGCUUGUUUAAAAACAUUCUCACUGCUGCUAUUAGUAUGUGGAUAAAAUAUAAUGACAAAUAAGAUGCAUUACGCAUUGUCAGGGAAUUUAAUUGAUGUAUCCCUAACAUUGAAAAUAACUUUCUGUAUGUUGCAUCACCCCAUUGUUUAAACAGAGUCCCUUACAAAGAUGUUUGUUAUUUUCCAUAAUACAUAAUCCUGUAUAUCCUGCUAUUAAUUUCCGGAACGGCAAUUCAACCGAACAUAAUGAUUGCUAGUUGCUGACAUGUUGCCGUUGGCAGUCCUGAGGGAGAUAGAUUAUCAAUGAAAUAGUAAUGAUUGCAUGUUUAUGUUCUGCUCAGAAGUGAUUUUGUCGUGAUUUUGAAAUAGGCUGGAUUUGGAAUAAGAUAAGCAUAAAUAAGGAUAACAUAUGGGUGCCUUGAAGGCUGGUGUUGUGUGUGUGUGUGUGUGUGUGUCUGUGUUCUGCGCAAUGACCAUGUCCCCUGUGAGAACACACACAUUACGUACACCAGUCACGAUCGUGCUGAGUCGCACUAAAACAAAGAUCCGUCUAUAGUUGCGCCAGCCUGAAUAGGUGCACCACUUAAUUUUCUCCCUGGCAGUAUAUCCAUCUAUGCUCUCGGCUAGGAGGCCUAAAACGACUCCUCUCAAAAUAUAGGCCUAGAUGAGACGUUUCGUUGUUGAACAUCACAUCAAAUCUAACGUCAAAUAUCAAUAAGAUAUCAUACACUAGAUUUAAUUGUUGUUAUUUUGUGUUCUCAUGAAAAUCCUGUUUUGAUUAUCCAAUGCCACAACGCCCCAAACUCAAAAUGUCCCGCCUAUCUCUUUCAGACCAAACAUCAGCGAGCCGAGCUCAGUUACCUGGUGGACAGACCUCGGCGUGUGAACAGGUAAGGAGCACGAGCACGCGCACCUGGUGCCCUGCGUGUGAUGUGAUUGAGAGUGUUGUUUAGUGUGGCCAUUCAAUGCCAGAGGGGAGGGACUCUACAAACCACAAGCAUGCGAUCGUGGCUCAAUACCUAGGACUGGUUUUCUCUCUGGCGCUGCCCACCUGUGAAUACACUCCCAAUCAAUUAUGACGAUAAUGAAGUGCAGGAUAAUGAAUGAUGAUGAUGAUGAAGAAGAUAGUGAUAUUGACAGUGCUAAUUUCUUUUGCCAACUUUUUAUUUUGUAUUAUUUGUUACAUACGUUAGAAAAUAAAUUAGGCCUACCACUAUCUUCAAUACACUUCCGUCUUCAAUGUGCUUUAUUCUUCUCCUAUUCUCUGUCCAGUUCGGCUUUCCAAGAAGCGGAUCUCGUUAGCUCUAAAGACAGCGGUCACGGUGACAGCGAGCAGGGCGACAGUGACCAUGACGCCACCAAUCGAGGUCACUCUACCGGUAAGUUCUUCCACCACCGUCCCCUUGUUAGUUCUUGGCUGGUUGUGCGGCUUGUUGCUCUCGCGUUUUCUCCUCAUGCAAAGCCCCGCAGAGGGUCAUCGUGACAGUAGGCUAUUGUAUGGUGUAUUGUAUUGUAUCUGUCCAUGGUGUUGAUCGACCAUGGUGUAUCGAGGCCUAGAUUAGUCACUUGCAAGCUUUCAGAAGAGUAUCCGCUCCCGUGCCUGCUGCUUGUCUGUUAUCACCACUGCUCUCUUCCCAUUGUGGUGCUGAAAAGAAAGCGACUCACUGUGCACUGCGCUCUGCCGAAUCUCGGCUGCUGUCAGAAUACCUGACUAGUCGUGUCAUGCUCAUUCUCACCAUCUCACAUAUUGAAAAUGUGCUUAGGACUUAAGAAAUAUUUGCUAUAGUGUUUUUCUACUACCAUGUGAUAUAUAAACUCUUCUGGUUUAGGCAACUAUAAGAAUAGGCAACUUUUCGUAUAUUCUAGUCGUCCUGUGAUAGUGACUUCGCUCUCCUGGCUGUAGCUCAAUAUUGUUAUUGUUUUGAGACAAUGACGCUCUGCUGAAUUUAAGCCUGUUGCUAGUAAAUAUGCAAGGUCGUUAAUGAGGGUGGGCCCGCUGCUAGGGACCACUUGACGGGAACGUGACGAAAUUUAUAACGAGGACCGGUUGGCUUGUCAUUGGGCGCUGCCGUGUGGGAACGGGACCAAAUAGGUUGCGGGCGCAGACAAACAAACGAUUCAUUCAUUGACUGCACUGGGUGCUGCUGCCCGCCCUAGGCCCAGCCCCCACCACCGCCCUGACUGCAUUCCUCCUUGCCCGUCAUCUUUUAUCUGCUUCACCUAAAGGAUCACAUACCGGGUUUUUACAAUUGGGCUCCUUAGAUGUGCAUUCCGUUAUCUCGUCAUUAAUCCGUGCGAUUGCUUUGGUCCAGCCCCAUCUGUGUGUGUGUCUAUGCCCAUGUUUUUUUGGAUAGAAACAUGGUCAGCCCAGGGGGUGAACCCACAGCAUGCGAAAUUAGCCAUGUCUAGAAAUUAAAAUGCCACUAUUGUAAGCCUGUGGAUAUACACAGACGUUUUAAAGGAAGCAUCCUGUUUUAAGUUUUAUCUGGUUAGCUUGGACUUCUUUAUGAAGUCACUUCUCAGAUUGAACACCUUUGAUGUUCAACCAAAAGGCAUUUAUUUAGGUAGUUUAUAUCAUACAUCUACAGCUUACAUUUUAGCCAUAACUAGCUGCUACAGGCUAGUAUUAGCUACUUCUAUAUAGACACUACAGGAUCAAUACAUUAUUCAUAGAACCUUUCUUUACUUCAUGUAGGGCUUGACCAGACUCCUAAUGCUAAGUGUUGACUCCAUGGUGUGGUAUUGAGUAGACUUACUGUCUUUGCUUUUGACUUUGAGUACCCUUGUAUGGCAAUAGGCUACUGUUGCUUUGUUAUGGAAUUAUCGGAGAGCUUAAUGUCUUUAAAGAGAUUAAUUGCUGUGCAUUUAGUCUUUGUUUGAUUAGGAUAAUUGAUAGCGUGGCUUAGCAUCGUCUGCUUGCACAACACUUGGAAAUUACUGUGUUUAUUUUGAUCAGUUUAUAUUUUAUUUUCCAUGAAACAUUCCUUAAUUUAAUGAGGACAGGGUGAACUAUAGGGUAAUUAUAGCACUGUGAUUGUGAUUGAAAACAAUUAUCAUUUAGGUGAAUAAAGGUUUGUUGAUAUUGGAUGGACUCAAGCAGUGGAGUUACUGUGCUGGCAUCAGAGAUGACAUAGCCUAUCUUAUAUAGACUGUUAUUAUAACCUAGACUAUGGAUACAUUGUCACCCUACUGUUUUGGAACUUUGGAAUUGGCAUUCCUUCCCACUUCACUAUCCCCCUAUCCAUCUUCCCCCCUCCUCAUUCCCCAGUUGCCGUGGCAAAUCCCUCCUUAGGCCUGCGGUUCACGUUAUCGGCGUGGUAACAGCUCGCUGAUCAGUAAUUCAUUUUCAGACCUCUGCAUACCAAUUACCAAAUGAAGGUUAUUAUCAAGACUGCUGUUUGCCCUGCUCGAGAGCCGUGCAGAAUCAUAAGAUAGAGACGUACACAAUAAAGUAGGGGGUCAGUGCAUUUACAGACAGUCUCUCUCGCUCGAACAAUUUUAAUUUCUCUCUCUCUCUCUCUCUCUCUCGCUCUCUCUCUCUCUCUCUCUCUCUUUCUCUCUCGCUCUCUCUCUCUCUUUUUCUCUCUCUCUGUCUCUCUCUGUCUCUCUCUCUCUCUGUCUCUCUCUCUCUCUCUCUCUCUCUCUCUCUCUCUCUCUCUCUCUCUCUCUCUCUCUCUCUCUCUCUCUCUCUCUCUCUCUCUCUCUCUCUGAAUAAGGGAGAGACGUGUUGACACAGUGCGUUCAGUGGUAAUUAAAGUCAAACUGAUGUACUGUAUAGCCUUGGACUGGGGCUGUAAGUAUUUUCUCAUGUUUGAUCGGUAACAUCGUUAAAAUACUACGGCCCAGAAAUAAUGUGGAUAUUCAUUCACAUCUUUAUUAAACCUUCAGCUUUACUGAGGACAUGUACAUUCGAUACACAGUGGUGUUUUUCCUUUCUUAUUUUUUUUUCUUCUGAAGAGACACCUAAUGUGCCUCAUGGAACAUCUAAUUUCCUAAAAUGUCAAGAAAUAUCAAAAAGUCUUGAUCUGGCUUUGUAGCGGAGACGUUUCCCUCGGAGUGUGUGUGCGUGUGUGUGUGUGUGUGUGUGUGUGUGCCUUAUCACUUCUCCAGACUCUAAAUGCCAGGGCAUGGGCCCUGUUUAAAAUGCAAAAGAGAUUCAUAUUCAAAACCCUCGUCAUGUGAUUAUUGGAUAUGGAAAUAUGUUCAGUAUCCAGGGUCAUAGGUUAUUGUCACAUUGCUUUGGUGAAUAUCUAAAGAAGUGCAGGUACCACUUGUUGAAAUGACGGGUAAAUGUAUGGUAGAAAACACGGCCACACUAUUUGGAUAGUCCGGAUUUUAGUCCGGUCAUACUAUCAACAAACUGUCUGUUGAUAAGCAACUGCUGGCUAAGGUUAGGUUUAGGGCUAGGGUUAGUAGAUAGUUAGUUGAAAUGUUACUGAUAGUUUGUAGAGCAUCUACAGAUGGACUAUCCAAAUAAAGUGUUACCGAAACCACUCAUUGAUCUAUUGAGUAUGGAGUCUCUAUUAGUAGAUACAUAAUGCCAUAGGACAAACUUAACUUUCAGUGCUGACACUCAACGUGAUGGUGUAUUUAUGGGUUUGUUAAUAUUUAAUAACAAACUCUCUCGUCGGCAUUAUUCCAAGUGGUUAGUGACGCCGAGCCAAAUGAAUCCGCUUUGUAACAGCAAAUUCUCCUUAUGCUGACCCGUGGAAACACACACACACACACACACACACACACACACACACACACACACACACACACACACACACACACACACACACACACACACACACACACACACACACACACACACACACACACACACACACACACACACACACACACACACACAAAGCAGCAGUCUGAAGACUAAUCAGUCUAUAUCAUAGGAUUAUCUGAGGAUACUGUUGGUGAGCAGUUUGGGUUUUACUCAGACACACACAACAAAGGACUUACAGUAUGUUUGAGUUAAAAACGUAGACUAAACCAUGUCCUAUGCCACAUGGACUAAAACAGAUUAAGUUAGGAAAUACCCUGGUUUUGCUUAAUCCAAAAAUAUUAGUAUCUAUCUGAAUUAAAUCAGACAUUGAUUUGAUUUGUUAUUCAUGGACUCACGUGCACAUUCACAAACUUCCUCUUUGACAGAAUGCUGAAGGACUGGUUUAUUUCAACAGUUGUUGUUCUUGCAAUCGUUCAUUUGAUGUAAUUGCAUGGCCAGUUUGAAAGGAAGUGAGCAACCUAGGUAAUCCAAUAAUAUUGAGCCUGUGGUUUCCAUGAUCCAAUACCUUGGUCACAGGAAGCUCUGCGAGUGUAAUAGUGUGAUGUUAAUGGUUUUAAACACAUCUCUCACUCUGCGUGACCAGUCAUACCUGCUGAGAGAUCACAGAGAGAAAGACUACCACAGAGGGGCACACACACAAACCACCGGGCCUGACCCUUUACUGACCUCUCAAACUUCAACCCCAGUAAAUGAUUCAAUGAAUUUAGCCUGUUUCUCUAUUUCCCAAUGGCAAUUAAAACAAAGAAAAACUACAACACACACCAUACAUAAUACAUGAAUACGCAUCCCUCAUAAAACUUGAAGUAUGGUGUAUUGCAUGUAUAACGUUACUGUAUAUUUUAGAAGUCUUGGUUGGUUUUCACAAAAGGCUGUUUUUGCUUGAAUCUCGCUUUAGUGUAACGGUAGAAAGAGGAAGACGGUGACCUCUUGAACUUUCCCUGUGCAGCGAGGCUGAGAGUUUAUCUUUAGAGAUCUGAGUCUACACACACACACCCACACACACACACACCCACACACACACACACACACACACACACACACACACACACACACACACACACACACACACACACACACACACACACACACCCACACACACACACACCCACACAGACACACACACACACACACACACACACACACACACACACACACACACACACACACACACACACACACACACACACACACACACACACACACAAGCACGCGCGCGCGCGCACACACACACACACAUACACACACAAACACACACACAUACACACACACACACACACACACACACACACACACACACACACAUCAGCUUGUGUUUGUGUGUGUGUGUGUGUGCUUGUUUCUCCUGCUUCCUUUUUGUCUUGUUUGAACAUGAACGGAGUAUGCCCUUUAUGACCAUUAACUCUCUCUCCUCUCUCCCUCCUUCCCCCCUCUUAUUCUCUCCUCCCUCCUUCCCCAGGUGCUGAUCUCUUCUCUAACUGCACAGAGGAGUGCAAGGCCCUGGGCCACUCUGACCGCUGCUGGAUGCCCUCCUUCGUGCCCUCCGACGGGCGCCAGGCGGCAGACUACCGCAGCAACCUGCACGUGCCAGGCAUGGACUCUGUGCCCGACACUGAGGUAUUUGAAAGCCAAGAGCAAACGGGCGAUAAGUCAUUCUCCACCUUUGGCAAAGAGAUGCCCCUCAGCCACCUCCACCAAAACCACUACCAAAACCACCACCAAAACCACCUCCACCUCAGCCACCACCACCAAAACCACUACCAAAACCAGCUCCACCUCAUCCACCACCAUGCCACCCACAUCAACCAAGCCACGCUAGAGAGGAAAGAGUUUGAGGCGCUUCUGUCUAGCACGCAAGCGCCUUACAAACCUGCCUAUUUGAGUGAGUAUCCGUUUUGCACGGCAGCGCUGUAG